AUGGAGCCUGCUAAGGUAUGGGACUGGACCCCUUGUCUACUAGCGGUCUCGUAAAGAAAGGAACAAUUCGAGGCAACCUUACGGACCUUCGUGCUCUUCCUCCCUGGUCUUAUCAUCGACGGCAAAGGGAUUCUAAAAUACGGAUACCUGACCUGGUCUGGAAUUUACUGUCCCGGACUCCCGCUCCCCUCCACCCCAUCCAUCCCUUUUCGCCCACUCCGUCCUGCGUUGACGAUUCCUCAUCCUUCUUUCUUCUCGAUCCCUCCCUCACCGUUUGGCUCGACGGACUCGAAACUGCUGCGCAACCUCACAUCCCAAUCGCCGCGACAGACAUGGCGCCGCAACCUGUGAGCGGCGGUAUCCUGAACCCGCGCAACCUCAAGCGCGUGGGUGUCGGUGCCGUCAUCUUCUUCACGACCAUCAUCUUCAUCACCAUCCUCACACGCAUCUUUGGCGGGACCGUCGCGCCCGAGGUGCACUUUCCUCAAAAGUUCCUCAACAGCAUAGGCCAGCACCAGUCCUGCGUGUCGCGCGAAGGCGACCAAAAUCCGCUCACGGCCCUCGACGCAAAAUAUGCCCAUCUGAGCGACGACAAGUUCACAAUUGCCAUGCAGACAUACAAGCGUCCCAAGGAGCUCCAGGCCACGAUCAAGGCCCUUACGGAUCGCACUGAACGCAUUCCCUCGCUCGAAGAACUCGUCGUUGUCUGGAACAAUCUCGAAGAGGAGCCCCCCAAGGACUACGUCUCCAAGUCCGGCGUCCCCAUCCGCUACCGCAUGUCCGCCCGCAACAGCCUCAACGAGAAGCUCAUCCCCGACCCGGCCUACAAGACCAAGGCGAUCCUGCUGACCGACGAUGACGUCUACUACGAGCCCGAUGACCUCGAGUUCGUCUUCCAGUCGUGGCGCAAGUUUGCCCAGUACCGUCUCGUCGGCGCCCUCCCCCGUUGCUCCGAGAUGCGCGACGGCGAGUGGAAGUACGAGUUCUGCACCAACAAGUCCGGCCAGAAGCACUACUCCAUGAUCCUCACCAACCUGUGCUUCUCGCAUAUUGCCUUCCUCGACUACUACUCGUCCGACGCGCCCGAGGCCGUCAAGAUCCGCGACUACAUUGACGAGCACUUCAACUGCGAGGACAUUGCGCUCAACUAUCUCGCGUCGAGUCUCACCGGAUGGGGCCCCCUCGAGGCCAACGGCUUCGACCGCUACCGCAACAUGGACCCCUCCGAGGGUAUCAGCCGCAAGCCUGGCCACCUCGAGGCGCGAAGCCAGUGCCUCAAUGACUUUGUCGACAUCUUUGGCUGCCAGCCUCUGGUGGACGAGACAUCGCACAUUGUCCGCGGUCUUUCCGUGCUGUAAAAGCAAGAGUCUGAUCUAAUUCUUUCUUUCUUCCUUGUCAAAAUUGCAUAGGCCCGCGUGCAGGGCACCGUUUGUCUUCGCAUACGCAUUUACACUAGGGCGGCGUUCUGUUCUGUUUUGGUAUUUCUUCCCGUCUUAACGAAAUUGGCGUGGAAUAUAGACUCGGUUGCUGGACAUAGGAAGGGGGGUAUGUACUGUCACUUUUCACGUUUGGGUCGAGAUGAGCGUAUGAAUCUAUUGUCUGAUUGAAGUUGAUAUGGAUAUGGAUUAAUUGACCUAAUUUACUCCA